AUGGGCGCGAAUAAGACGAAACUACCUAAAACUGUUGUACAUCAACUAGCAGUUCGAACGCAACGAUCAACGGCAGAAAUAAAAGCUAUGCAUGCAAUUUUUCGCCGCCAUUUUCCCAAUGGAAAAAUUGAAUCUCCAGAAGAUCUGUGGCGAUGUUUACAAAAGUUUUCGCUUCAGCCCAUGAAAUACGAGGAGCGAACAGCUGAACGACUUUAUCGAUUGUUUGAAUCACCUAGUCGAAAAAUAGACGGCAGUAUUGAUUUUUUCAAUUUUAUGGUUGUUUCGCAUAUUCUCGAACAUGGUUCCGCUCACAGCAAAAUUGUCUUAUAUUUCGAAUCUCUUGAUGUAAAUAACGAUGGAAUCAUCUCACGGGAAGAUCUGGAAGCAUGUUUACCACACACGGUCGAAUCUCAACAACUAAUUCAAAAAUUACUUCGACAAUGGGAUCUGAACAGAGAUGGUCACGUCAGUUUGGAAGAUUUCGAAGGAUACAUCAAUUCUAAUCCACAUUUAUUACCAAUGUUCGCUGAAGAAAGAGAACGUGUACGUUUGAAUAGUGUUUCUCAUGAACUAGCAGUCGACUCUCAACCCUAUACACAUAACUACCCUGUUACUCGUGAUCUGUUUGUCACAUCUAAAUAA